UGUUGGUGUUAUUUUUCGAAGAGAAGGAAGAAAAUGACAGUAUUCUGUGAAGCCGUAGAAUAUUGCAAAAGGUCUCCGUCUGUGUCGAUACUUGUCGGAUUUGGAGCAACUUACGCCGCAUAUUACAUUCUCUAUGUUGUCAGAAAACCAUUCAUAGCGUGCCGAGAUGACAGACUGCGAAAGUUCCUGCAGCGCUACUGCCCAGCUGUCAACUCCAAAUUCUGGCCAACAUUCUGGUGUUUUGAAUCUAGGGCUCAGACAGUGCUAAGAGCCUUGUGGAAGAAACGCCCCAAAUUUACCUAUCAACAUGAGAUGCUGACGACACCAGAUGGCGGUGAGAUCAAACUGGACUGGUUUCACAAUGAGGAGAAUUCUCGGUGGGAAGCCAAUGUCCGCCCCACUGUUCUUCUGCUGCCAGGUCUGACAGGUUCCAGUGGAGAGAGUUACAUCCUUAGCGCUGUCCAUGAGGCCACCACUGCGGGUUACAGAACGGUUGUUUUCAACAACAGAGGUAUGGGAGGAGCUACACUUAAGACACCAAGAACGUACUGUGCUUCUAAUACAGAAGACAUGUCUUUGGUUGUACAACGGAUCAAGGGUCAGUUCCCAGAAGCCCCUCUGUUUGCUGCCGGAUUCUCACUGGGCGGGAUGAUCUUGUUCAACUACCUGGCCAAAACAGGCAAAGAAUGCGGUAUUCUGGGAGGAAUGGUGGCAUCUGUGCCAUGGGAUGUGUUCGAGUCCUCCAAAGUUUUAGAGCAGCCAAUCAACAGGUUUCUGUACAACCAGCCCUUAGCACGAAACCUGUGUGCGGCAGUCAGAAGGAAUAUUGAGCUGUUUGAACAGCAUUUUGAUAUGGACCAUGUAUUGCAGAGCGCUACCAUAAGGGAGUUUGAUGAACGGUUCACCACCAAGAUGUUUGGAUACCAGACCUGUGACGACUAUUACAAGGAAUCUAACCUGCAUUACAAGAUACACCACAUUGAGGUUCCUCUCAUCUGCAUCAAUGCUGCAGAUGAUGCCUUCUCUCCAUACCACACCAUACCUCUGAAAGACGCAGACGACAGUCACAAUGUUGCCAUUAUUGUCACGUCCCACGGCGGCCAUAUUGGAUUCCUGGAAGGGUUGAAUCCCUUUACAAAUCCCACCUUCCUGGAUAAGAUGUUCCGUCAAUUCUCAAGGGCGAUUUUUGAAAACGGACAGGAACUGCAGUCAUCAUAGCAUUAAUGAAAAGAGCAAAUAUAUGUUAUAUGAGUUAUAAAAGAUAUAUAUGUUGAAAAUUAAAUAUAUUCAGUAUCAAGCACAUUUCUGUUAUAUUAGUAUAGUACAGCAAUUUUCAAUAUUUAAAGUAGUGGUGAUACAAUUGUUUUUUGUGGUGGCACAAAUGUGAUUUAUAUGUUGUUUUUUUUUUGUAUUUUUGAACUUUAACAUGUUGUAUAAAUACAUGUAGCUCUACAGAUUAAACACGGUGGUUUUACAAGUACACGUAUAAACGUGAGUAUUUUGAACUCUUUUUUUUAACCGUAACAAGAUAUACAAUAUCAUAAAUAAUUUAUAUGGAAAAAUAAUAUUCAUACCUAAUUAUGAAUUAGAAUUUAAAAUGAAGUGAUAAUUUUUAACAGUGAAAUACAUUUUCCAACACCAUAGAUAUAUAUGAACCUGAGGACUUCAGUUUUGAUUGAUAUUUUUGUGGUUUAGAUUUUCCUUUGUCUCUAGUCUGCAAGAAGAGAAGCUGUCAAAAGCACUUUUUUGUCACGGUUCAAACCCUAAGGUUUCUCAUCUAGUCAGAGGCAUACACUGUCAUGAAUUAACAAUAUUUUCUGUUUUUCUUAAGUUUUUUCAUAGCACAGUCUUGAAUCAUUUUGACAUAUUUGUACCAGAUUACACUUUUUUAUGCACAUCAGGAAUUGUGCAACUGAGAAUGUACUUACUUGUUUUCCGUAGACAGAGAAUAGAGAUAGUAAAAUAAAGACUAAAAUAGAUUUCAAAUUAUGUGUUAAAAAAAAAAAGAACACAGUUUAGAUAUGUUUUAAUAGUGCAAUUUGUCUUCAUUUGUUCUGAUUACAAAUUUUCACAUUAUACAAGCACAGUGUUCAACUACAGUUUUGAUACUUAAUGCAGAAUUUACAAUAACUUUUGUACACAUAUAUUUAUUACACAGCAUAUACAUUCAAUUGUACCUAUUAUAAAUUAGUUUCAGUUGCAAAAUUUAGAGUGCGUAUGGAUAGGGCUUAAGUAUGGCGUAGGAGUUGGUUAAAGGAAAACAUAAGUGUAAGUUUGUGUCUUUGCAUUAUUGAAAAUGACUUAUUAUUUGUUUCUUGUCGAAAAUUGUUUUUUCGUAAUAUAGGCAAAAGGAGUUUUUGAAAUAUUAAGUUAACAUGUGUAAGACAACCAUAAAAGGCUACCUCCAUUCUCUCAGUUGACAUCUUAUUUUUGGCCAAUCAUAUUGCCUCGUAUAGGAUAGAUAUAAUUCGCUCCGCCCCCGUCAUAAUCAUGAAGACUUUUCAUUAUGACCUCUAUCCGUUUUAGACGACUGAUUGGCUAUUUCAUGCAAAGCCACGCCCUCUUUUCCUGUCACUGGUCUGUCAGUGUGUCAACCCAACAGCCAUUGUUAUGUCACUUGUUCGGUGACCUGUCAAUCAAGGUCUGGUCACUCGACGCAGGGUUUCUCUG